CUUAAUAAAUUUUCACGAAUGACCUGAAUCUUAGCCAUAAUUGGAACAACAUGAACUGGGAUUGAAUAUAACUUGAACGAAAGGGUCAGUCCUAGAAAGAUAUAAUCCUUUACUCAAUUUUAGGAGUCAUCUUAUUCCUCUUUGUACUUACUCUGGUGAUAUUCGUGAUCAUUUGGAAACGAAGGUUUCGUUCAAAUGUUGAUACUAGCAAUCUUGUCUCAGGAGGUAACCCUGUGAUUCAGAAUCCCUCCAGAUCUUCUGAAGCAUUGUAGCCUCAAAUUCAGUGGGUCAUCCCACAUUCCUGGAGAAACUUUGU